GUUUAGGGUGCUCGAUUGUUGAGACUCGCGUGGAAUCAUUCAUAUCGAAUCGAUCAGAGAGACAGAGACAGAGAGAGAAACGAAGAAGAAGACGAAGAAGAAGAAGAAGAUGGGGAAGCAACCGGUGAGGAUGAAGGCGGUGGUGUACGCUUUGUCGCCAUUCCAGCAGCAAGUAAUGGCGGGUCUCUGGAAGGAUCUUCCUUCGAAGAUCCACCACAAGAUCUCCGAGAACUGGAUCAGCGCCACUCUUCUCCUCGCUCCUCUCGUCGGCACCUACACUUAUGUUCAGAACUACCAAGAAAAGGAGAAGUUGGCUCAUAGGUAUUGAAUUGAAUGCCUUCCCGAGAAGCGGCCGGUUCCAACUUUUCUAGAUGAAUUGUUUUCCGUUUUUCGUUUCUUUCAUAUGCAAAUAAGUUGAAUUUUAUGCCUGUGAACUGGUGUUGAGGUUUCUCAAACAUCUCCAUUUGGUCAAACAGUUUUGUUUAAAAA